UGCUUAUUGAAAACAUGGAAGAUCCAAAGGAAGCGAAAUAUUUCCCAAUCCUCUUAGUCCAAGUUAAGUAUGAUGUAGAAGUGAAGGCUAAAACAAAGAAGGAAAAAGACCCCAAUCAACUAGUAUUCAAGGGCUCAAUGCCUUGAAAACUGGUCAAUGUCUUAGGAACUAUUCUUGAAGUUCAUAAAUAAAGACCAAAGAUUGCUGAUUGAUGACUCUACAGAUACCAGGGUGGUAGAGAUCCCGAAUUUUACAGAAUUUCAGUUAGAAUCCGGUAUAUCUAUCGAUAUCCUUGGUGAACUCAAAAUAGUCCAAGGCAGAUUCGUUAUACAAGCUCAUAAGAUUUGAGUUUUAGAGAAAUAUUCUGAAUUUUUGAGUAAAUUAUACCUCAUCCUCGAGACUCAAUAUUAUUACUUCAAGGAUAACCUCUUCCCAACUAUGAAGGAGCACGAAGAGGAUGAAGAGCAGGCAUCUGAGGUUUCCUUCGAUGACAAGAGCGAUGAUGAAACCGAGAGUUUCAAGGAAGAGUUCUUCAACUUCAUGCUUUUUAAUUGCGAUCCUGACCAGAAAUUGACCAGGGCUAAUCUUGAAGAGAAUGAGCAAUAUCUUCGAAAAGCAAGGGAAAUUUUAGCCAAAUAUGCCACUGAAACAACUCCAAAAGAACUCUUGAAAGAUUGUAUCAAUGAAAUGGAGAGUAAAGGAUUUAUAGAUUUUAUCGACCAUAUCUUGCACAGAGAAGUAAUCUGCUCUUCAAGGAAGACUUUAAGAGAUUUUGUUUACUCUAUUAUCGAUAAAUAUCAGAGACAUAUUCCUUUCGACCAUCUUUUGUCAGAAGUUCAGAGUAAAUUUCCAGAUAAGAAUUACAAUGCUAGUAACAUCUCUAAGGUCAUAGACGAGCUGAUCGGGAGGAGCCUAAUCUUCGAGACUUUGCCAAACCUAUUUACAGCAAUCCGGAACGAUCAAAUUUAA